AUGGAAGACGAGGAUCCUUACAGUCCAUUUAUAAUCAGCCUUUAUAAACUGAAGAAAAAGAAUAAAAUGAGGUUUACUGGUUCAUGGAAAAUAAUCAAAGAUGUAAAUGAAAAGUCCGAAAUAACAUUCUUAGGGAAAAAUGAACAACCUACUAACAUGUUCCUAAAUACAGAACACAUGGAUGUAGAAGUGAGCCAAAAUGUUCCAGUACCAAACACAUUAACACUUGAGUUUGAACAGAAAAACUCUCCAUUGUUCUCCAAUACCAAUUACUAUAUAUUAUUAUUAACUGAGAGAGUAACUGGUGUUCAGUAUCUUGAACUAAUAGAAACUACCAGUCGAACUAUAAGUUCCAGUAUUAGCCUGAAAUCAAGACAAAAAUAUGAAUAUCAACUGUACAAGGUUCACUAA